UGGGGGCAGCCGGCCUGGCCCUGGCCCUUCACUGUCCUCUGGCUGCAGAGGUGCCCCCAGGGCAUCCCCGAGGUGUCCCUGCUGCCUGCCUCCUCCCAGCCCUGGAGCUGCUGGAGGGCCGGGCUGGAGACUCCCAACGGGAAGCACCGACUCAAUACAAACCACAGCGGGUAAACAAUUACGGGUGCGAUUGCAACGGGGCCUUCCGCUUUCCUGGCAGCUUUAUCAGCAAAGCGGAGCUGGGCGAAGGCAGAGGGGAGGUAGGCACAGGGGUCGGCGCAGGACGCGUGGCUGGGAGCAGCUAUGGGGGAGGCCUUCAUCCGGCACAUCGAGCUGCUGGGCUAUGAGAAAAGGUUUUUCCCCAGCCAGCACUAUGUCUACAUGUUCCUGGUGAAGUGGAAUGACCUCUCCGAAAAGGUCGUCUACCGCCGGUUUACCGAGAUUUACGAGUUCCACAAAGCACUGAAGGAGAUGUUCCCCAUCGAAUCCGGGGACAUCAACAUGGAGAAGCGGAUCAUCCCACGCUUGCCAGCCCCAAAGUGGUUUGACGGGCAGCGUUCAACUCAGAACAGACAGGGCACGCUGGCCGAGUACUGCUACGCUCUGAUCAACCUGCCCCACAAGAUCUCCCGGUGCCUGCACGUGGUCAACUUCUUCAAGGUCCGUCACGACGACAUGAACCCCGUCACAGACAGCCAGAUCAAGAAGCCCGAAGUCUUCCUCCUGCCAAAGGAUGCCAAGAAAACCCCCACCGACAUCACGGGCCCCAUUGUCCUGCAAACAUACCGAGCCAUCGCCGACUAUGAGAAGAGCUCCAAAUCCGAGAUGGCUCUAAAAGCUGGAGACAUGGUGGACGUCGUGGAGAAGAGCGAGAGCGGCUGGUGGUUUUGCCAGUUGAAGAACAAACGGGGCUGGGUGCCAGCUGCCUAUCUGGAGCCGAUGGAUGGUCCUGAUGAGUCUGAAGAGCAAGAGCCCAACUACGCAGGUGAGCAGUACGUUGUCCUGAAAAGCUACACAGCUGUGGAGGAGGACGAGCUGACCCUCCAGGAGGGCAACACCAUCGAAGUCAUCCACAAGCUCCUUGAUGGCUGGUGGGUUAUCAGGAAGGAUGAAACCACGGGUUAUUACCCCUCCAUGUACCUGCAGAAAGCCGGGGAGACAAACCCCUCCGCGAAGAGUGAGCUGAGGAACCGGAGCGCUCCUCCACGGAGAUCCACCAUCCGAAAUGCGAAGAGCAUCCACAAGCAGAGACGGAAGCAGAUCAGCCAGGAGACCUACAGGAGGAACAGCAAGAAGUACAUCCAGAGCCGGAGGAACAUGAGGGAAAACUUCCAGAACAAGGCCAACGUCAUCACUGAGAAAGACGAGCGAGAGGAGAACAAGCCCAAGGCUCAACCUGCGGUUCCUCCGCGCCCCAGCAAAGACCUCAUCCUGAACCGCUGCACUGAGAGCACCCGCAGGAAGGUCCUGUGAGGCCUUGGACCCCCGCGGCAGCCGAUGCCGUCCCUCCGCCAGCUCCCAUGCAGCCGCGAUGGGGGCUGGACCAGGGGAUGCCAGGGUCGGGGUCGGAUCAGGGGAUGCCAGGGUCGGGGCCUGAUCAGGAGCUGCUGGGGUCAGGGCUGGACCCGGGGCUGCCGGUGCCCAUCUCCAUCCCCCACCGUGCCAAGCCGAAGAUGUCCAAAGGGCACCAUGAGGAGGGACCAGUCCUCUGCCCGCUCCUGGGGGCUGGAGCCUCCGCAGCCACCAGGCACCCCUCACCACUAGACCCCCUAUUUGUAUUUUGAAUUAUUUUGCGUUUUUCAUCAAUAGAGACACUUUGAAGCUGUA